AACCAGGCGGAGCCUCCGUCACUUUUGUGGUUCAGUAGCAGGUUACAGUUAACUCUAGUCUCCCCAAACAUGUCUUGAUUAAGAAAAAAUAACAUUUAGCUGGAUUCAACCGGCAGGAAUAACUUAAAAGGCGGGAACUGAGCAUCCGUGUGUAGGAGUUUAGCCGGUCGCCAUGGAAACCACCACCUCCCUGAAGAUGACCUCUCUGGUGGUCCAGAGUCUGUUCAGCUACGUGGAGGAAGACAACCUGGCCGCCCUCCAGACUCACCUGGACAAGUUCAGAGACGUGGACUGCAGGAGCGACAACGGACAGACGCCACUGAUGGUGGCAGCAGAGCUGGGCAGCCUGGAGAUCGUCCAGGAGCUGAUCAGGAGGGGCGCCACCGUCGACAUGGACGACGUGGACUGCUGGACGGCGCUGAUCUCCGCCGCUAAGGAGGGACACCUGGAGGUGGUGAGGGAGCUGCUGGAGAGCGGCGCCAACCUGGAGCACCGAGACAUGGGAGGCUGGACGGCGCUCAUGUGGGCCGCCUAUAAGGGCCGGACCGAGGUGGCCCGGCUGCUGCUGGAGAGAGAAGCCAAUCCGAACAUCACUGGGCAGUACAGCGUUUACCCGAUCAUCUGGGCGGCGGGCCGCGGCCACGCAGAGAUCGUCGAUCUCCUGCUGCAGUAUGGAGCCAAGGUCAACUGCUCAGACAAGUACGGCACCACCCCGUUGAUCUGGGCCUCCAGGAAGGGCCACUACGACAGCGUGAUGCACCUGCUGGCCAACGGAGCUGAUGUGGAUCAGGAAGGAGCAAACUCCAGGACGGCUCUGAUCGUGGCGGUGAAAGGCGGCCACACGGACGUCGUCAAAGAGCUGCUGAAGAGGAAUCCCAACGUCAACAUGACCGAUAAGGACGGCAACACGGCGCUCGCCAUCGCCGCCAAGGAGGGCCACACGGAGAUCGUUCAGGACCUGCUGGACGCCGGAACCUACGUCAACAACCCCGACCGGAGUGGAGAGACAGUGCUGAUUGGAGCAGUAAGAGGAGGACAUGUGGAGAUCGUCCGAGCUCUGCUCAACAAAUACGCCGAUGUCGACGUCACGGGCCAGGAUGGGAAGACUGCCCUCUACUGGGCAGUGGAGAAAGGAAACGCUGCCAUGGUGAGGGACAUCCUGCAGUGCAAUCCUGACACGGAGAGCUGCACCAAGGACGGAGAGACGCCGCUUGUUAAAGCCACUAAAAUGAGGAGCAUAGAUGUCGUGGAGCUGCUCCUGGAUAAAGGAGCCAAAGUGUCUGCAGUGGACCGGAAAGGGGACACUGCCCUGCACAUUGCGAUCCGCGGGCGCAGCCGAAAGCUGGCCGAGCUGCUGCUCAGGAACCCAAAAGAUGGCCGCCUCCUGUACCGGCCCAACAAAGCUGGAGAGACGCCGUACAACAUCGACUGCACCCACCAGAAAAGCAUCCUGACGCAGAUAUUUGGAGCCAAGCACCUUUCCCCAACGGAGACAGACGGCGACAUGCUGGGUUACGACCUGUACAGCAGCGCUCUGGCGGACAUCCUCAGUGAGCCCACCAUGCAGCCGCCCAUCUGUGUUGGUCUGUACGCUCAGUGGGGCAGCGGCAAGUCCUUCCUCCUCAAAAAGCUGGAGGAUGAGAUGAAGACCUUUGCAGGGCAGCAGAUCGAACCGCUGUUCCAGUUCUCCUGGCUGGUGGUUUUCCUCACGCUGCUCCUCUGCGGCUCAGUCGCCAUCAUUCUGGGUUUUACCGUCGACCCCAAGCUGGCCAUCGCCGUCUCCCUCAGCCUCCUCGCUCUGCUCUACACCUUCUUUGUGUUGGUGUACUUUGGGAGCCGGCGUGAGAAGGAGAGCUGGCACUGGGCCUGGGUCAUCAGCGCCCGUCUGGCCCGUCAGAUCGGCUACAUGGAGCUGCUGCUCAAGCUGAUGUUUGUGAACCCGCUGGAUCUUCCAGAGCAAACCGCCAGAGCCCUGCCUGUCAGGUUCUUGUUCACGGACUAUAACCGCCUGUCCAGCGUCGGAGGGGAGACGUCUUUGGCUGAAAUGAUCGCCACGCUGUCGGACGCCUGCGAGGCGGAGUUCGGCUUCUUGGCCACCAGGUUGUUCCGGGUUUUCAUGAACGAUGAGAUCAAAGGUCAGAAAUGGAAGAAAACCUGCUGCCUUCCGUCCUUCGUGUUUGUUUCGCUGACGUGUGGAUGCCUGAUCACCGGUGUGGUGCUGCUAUCCAUCUUUAAGGUGGACUCUGAAAACCUGACGGUAAACACAGUGCUGAUAGCGAUGGCCAGCGUGGUCGGACUGGCGUUGCUGCUCAACUUCCGGACCUGGUGGCAGGUGGCCGACUCCGUCCUCAACUCCCAGAGGAAGCGGCUGCAUGGCGCCGCCAACAACUUACAUAAGCUGAAAAGCGAAGGGUUUAUGAAGGUCCUGAAGCACGAAGUGGAGAUGAUGUCCAAAAUGGCCAAAACCAUCGACGGCUUCACUCAGAACCAAACGCGCAUGACGGUCAUCAUCGACGGGCUGGACUCUUGUGAACAGGACAAAGUUCUGCAGAUGCUGGACACGGUGCGAGUUCUCUUCUCAAAGGGUCCGUUCAUCUCCAUCUUCGCCAGCGACCCUCACAUCAUCAUCAAAGCCAUCAACCAGAACCUGAACAGCGUCCUGAGAGACUCCAACAUCAACGGCCACGACUACAUGAGGAACAUCGUCCACCUGCCGGUCUUCCUCAACAGCAGAGGCCUCAGCCGCGCCAAGAAGCUCUGCAUGGCCACGCCCACCAACGGGGAGGCCGACGGGUGUCAUGACGACAUGGACAGAAGGAUGUCUCUGAUCAGCCUGGCCCAAGAUCAAGUCAAGGUUGGCAGCAAGACUACUCUAAACCGAAGGGACACGUACCGGCGGCGGCAGAUGCAGAGGACCAUCACCAGGCAGAUUUCGUUCGACCUGACCAAGCUGCUGUUGACGGAGGACUGGUUCUGUGACAUCAGCCCCCAGACCAUGAGGCGGCUGCUCAACAUCGUCUCCAUCACAGGUCGCCUGCUGCGCGCCCAUCAGAUCAUCUUUAACUGGGACCGGCUGGCAUCGUGGAUCCACCUGACGGAGGAAUGGCCGUACAGAACAUCGUGGAUCAUCCUGUUCCUGGAGGAGGCCGAGGGCGUGUCGGAUCAGGUCACACUCAAGACCAUCUAUGAGAGGAUCUCCAAAAACAUCCCCACCACCAAGGAUGUGGAGCCGCUGCUGGAGAUCGAUGGAGACAUCCGCAGCUUUGAGGUCUUCCUGUCCUCCAGGACACCAGUCAUCAUCGCCAGAGACGUGGAGACGUUCCUGCCCUGCACCGUCAACCUGGACCCCAAACUCAGGGAGAUCAUCGCAGAUGUGCGUGCGGCCAGGGAGCAGAUGCAUUUAGGAGGGGUGACCUAUCCCACGCUGCCCCUGCAGGAGGCAGCGCCGCGACCCGCGCCGGGCUUCGGCCCGCUCUCCGCCGCCGGCUCCCCGACCGGCUCCUUCGGCGGCGCGCUGCCGCCUCAGCCGCACAGCGCCUACUUCAGUGGGAUGACGGGCCCUCAGCACCCCUUCUACAACCGGCCAUAUUUCCCCCAUCAUGUCUACCACCUGCCGCGACCUUACGCUCACCUUGCCCCCUCAUCCUCACGUCCCUCCGCUAAACUGUCCAGUCCGCCGCAGGACGCCGUCGGACUCCAUUUAAAGUCGCUGCCUUGCAAAUUGAAGCAGCUGUGUCCGGUGGUGCCGCUCAGCUCGCUGGGGACGGACGGCGUGUGCGAACGCCUCAGACAGAUCGACGGGAUGGAUCCCAGCAUGCUGCUGCAGUACGCAGCAACCAUCACUAAGGCUAACAUCAACGGCCGAGUUCUGACUCACUGCAACCUGGAGGAGCUGAAGAGAGAGAUGGACAUGAACUUUGGAGACUGGCAACUUUUCAGAGGAAUGGUGAUGGAGCAGCGGCAUGCGGAGACGCAGGCGGCGCUGCAGGAAGAGUCUGGUGCCGCCAGCGAGCAAGGCAGCAGCGUUCUCCACGGGGAGUCGGGCCUGCGCCCGGCGGUGACGCAGCGCGACGGCGCCGGCGCCUUCGGCCUCAACCUGAGCUUCGAGGAGCUGAGCGGCGCCGGCCUGGAGGAGCCGCCGCGGCGCAGCAGCAACCCGCAGUGGACGGCGAUGAAUCCCCACACCUCCAGCAUGUCCAGCCUCAACUCCCAGGAAUCCUCCAAUGACAUCUGCAAGCUGACGGACAAGCAGCAGGCGGAGUACCGGGACGCCUACAGGGAGUACGUGGCCCAGAUGGCCCAGCUGGAGAUGACCGGCAGCGGGGCGGAGCGGCCCGUCCAGCCCCAUCCGAACCACUUCCUCCAGACCUCCUGCUCAGAGGACAAAGCGGCCAAGGAGGGAACAGACCCUGACAGCCGCAAGCCCUUCAAGAGGGCCUCCAAGAGCAGCGACAUCACAGACUUCGCCUCGGGCGCCGACGCACCGCUCCUGGACCCCAUCAGCGAAGAGGAUGAGAACCACAGCCUGUCCUCCAGGACCCCGGCUUCAAAGAAAGCAGCGGGGUCGUACUACCACAAGCUCCCCAGCGAAGACGACUCCGGCCCCGAGGAAGCCGACAACACCACGCCGCUCCUCCACAAGGAGGGCCGCGCCAGUCCGCCAUCGCCUGGCCUCUGCUCAGACGUCCUGGAGAAGAAAGACUCGGAUUCAGGGAUGCGGUCCAGCAACAGCUCCCCGGGUUCGCCCCUGGAGGAGGCCGGCAGAGCGCUGAACCCCGGCCUGAUCGAGCUGGAGCUGGAGGGCCUGGUGAGGAAGAGGAGCCUCUUACCCAGCCGGCUGCAGGACGCGGCGGUGGCCCGCAUGUCCAUCUGCUCCGACGCGCCGUCUGAAGCCAGCCUGAUGGCAAGCAGCCCGGACGAAGGCUGGCCCGCCGACUCGGUCAGCAACCUGAACCGCACCGCCAGCAACACCACCCUCAACAACAACUCAACGACAGACGACACCAACUCCAACUCCAACAACAGUCGUCAGCGGCAGGAGAACUUCCUGGAUUCCAGCAUCAUCAUCCACCCAGGAAGCACCGCCGCCACAGCCGUCCAUCAGAACCAGAACCUGUGCUCCAUCAACCUGGGAGACGAGCGGGAGAGCGUUCUCUGAGGCCCUCAUCUCUAAUUUGGGUCAUGUUCAUCAUUGAUGUUGUGAUGUUUUAGUGCAGGUAUUUGUGGAAUGAGUAGCUGAUCCAAAUAAAACCCUGUUAGCAGAACUCCUGACCUCAUAUCAGUGAUUGUUUCCUGUUGUGUUUGUGAUUUCUCUCCUGUUUUUCCUUGAUGGAAUAAAAAGCGUUCUCAAAUUGAAACCAGAAGCCAGAUGUUACUGAUGGUUCAGCAGUUUUGAUGCAUGGUGGUGCUGUUUGGUAGUUUAUUGGUAGUAGGGGAAUGGAUUUCCUGUUGCAUGAUGUUGUGUUUUGUGAAUCAAUAAAUAUUUCACCACAUGACCCAUAA